ACGUGGACCGCAAACUCUCCCGGCGACUUCACUCCGAAACGCACCUUUUUUAUUCAUGAAGGAAUCGGCAAGGACGAGUUUGAGCUCGCACUAAAUUAAUUACUUUGAAGAGUGUGGGCGCUGUUUAUGAAUUUGUUUUUAAAGUCACUCCACCUAACUUGAGUUCAUUCAUUAUGGUGGACAAGGGUCCCCUUUUGACUUCAGCUAUCAUUUUCUAUUUGUCCAUUGGGGCAGCAAUAUUCCAACUCAUCGAAGAACCGAACUGGGAGUUUGCAGUGAAUAAGUAUAAAGCCGAAAAGGAGAAAAUAUUGAAACAGUUCCCAUGUCUUACAAAGGCUGAACUGGACUACAUUCUAGAGGUGGUGUCUGAUGCUGCAGGACAAGGCGUCACCAUCACAGGGGACAAAGCCUUCAACAACUGGAACUGGCCCAAUGCAGUCAUCUUUGCAGCUACAAUUAUCACAACUAUAGGUUAUGGAAAUAUUGCGCCAAAAACGCCUCCAGGGAGGGUUUUCUGUAUAUUUUAUGGUCUUUUUGGAGUGCCGCUGUGUUUCACCUGGAUCAGUGAACUUGGAAAGUUUUUUGGUGGAAGAGCUAAACACCUUGGGAAAUAUCUUACUAAGAAAGGAGUAACAUUGCGGAAAACACAGUUCACCUGCACAGCUGUCUUUCUGUUAUGGGGUGUGCUGGUCCAUUUGCUGAUUCCUCCAUUUGUAUUCAUGUCUCAAGAAGGCUGGACCUAUAUCGAGGGCUUGUAUUUUUCUUUUGUCACUUUGACAACUAUUGGUUUCGGUGAUCUUGUAGCAGGUGUUGAUCCCAAUACUGACUACCCUACUCUCUAUCGCUACUUUGUGGAGGUGUGGAUAUAUCUUGGUCUGGCAUGGCUCUCCCUUUUCUUCAAUUGGAAGGUGCGCAUGGUUGUGGAGGCACACAAAGCUCUAAAGAAGCGCCGUAAAAGGCGCAAACUUUCUCUGGAUGAGUUAAAGUGCAUCAAAAAAAGUCACAAGACCCUACACCUGCCACCUACCCCUAAUGAAGUCAACAUCUUCAGCUUCCUGUCCAAGAAAAAAGAAGAUUACAAUGACUUAAUCAAGCAGAUAGGUGUCGAGAAGGAAGGAGAAGAUCAACGUGUCAGCUCCAUCACUGGUAGCAGGAAUAAAGCACCAAACCGCUCAAAGAGCUGCUAUGAUUCUCUUUCAGUAAAAGGAAAUUCCAUCCUCAGUCUAGACCGCUCCCCUCGACAGAAGCGCCGCUUUAGCUUCAGUGAUAGAGUUGCUGUAGCCCUCUCAAAAUCCAAGGGUUACCUUCUUAACAAAGAGGAAUGUCUUCUCAUGAAUGAAAUGCAUGGGGGAGGAGGGAUAGACACUGACCUAGACUGUAUGAGAAUAUAUGAGAAUCAAUUGGACAAGGAGGCAGGAGAGAACCAAGAAGGUCUUGAACCUGCAGGCUGCAGUAAUGGCCGGAUCACGUUGGACUCCAAAGUUAACCAGAUCCUCAUGUUUCCCAAUGCUAACAUCACCUUCAUUGAUGAGGAGAAUUUGCUAAACAACAACCUGGAGGAUGAUGAUGAUAAUGACUUUCUGAAAUCUGUCUCAUCCGAAGCUGAGAAUUUAGGCAUAGUGGAACAGGGCUCAGAAUCUGAGACCUCUGUAUUCACCACAGAUGGGUCGGACCAUGACCACUUCUAUGAGCAGCUAGCGGAAGAGUAUUCCAAAGAGGACAAUACUGACAUUUGAUCCUGUCUCAUAAUAGGAUUUGGUCUUCUAUCUUAAACCUUAGUAAAGGAUUUUUUUUUUU